AUGAGCGCAGAGCCGGAUGCGGUCACCGCGGUGACUGAGCCGGACCCGGUCGCCGUCGUGACGCAGCUACGGGACCUGGCCUCGGACCCUCUGAACCGUAGGGCCAUUGUCCAGGACCAGGGAUGUGUCCCGGGACUUGUCCUGUUUUUAGACCAUCCAAACCCUCAAGUGGUCUACGCUGCCCUGCUGGCGAUCCGAUAUCUGUGCGAGUGCUGCGCCAACAGAGGGAAGCUCAGAGGAGAACUGGGCAUGAUGGUCAGUCUGAAAGACGUGGCCCACAAGUCGACCACUCCUGGAGAGACCAAACUUCUGGCCGCCGAGGUCUACGAGCUGCUGCAGUCCGCGGUUUCCGAGGCCGAGGCCGAAGACCGGAACCGAGACCAGACCAGCAGCCGCAAGAAACACCGCUUCUUCCUGGGAGCGAGCAACAAACGAGCCAAAACUGUGGUGUUGCAGAUAGAGGGACUGGACGACCCGAGUCUGCGUGGUCUCUGUGAGGAGGUUCUCCUGAGGAUCAGAGGAGUCAUCAGCUUCACGUUCCAGAUGUCACAGAAACGCUGCAUCGUCCGGAUCCGGUCGGACCUGAAGGCCGAGGCUCUGGCGUCUGCGAUCGCCUCCACACAAGUGAUGAAGGCUCAACAGGUGGUGAAAGGAGACCACGGAGAGGAGCUCCUCCUCCCCUUCGCUGACUCCUCCCCCCUGGAUGUGGAGCUGAACCAGGACCUUCCGGAGUACCUCCCCGAGGAGGAGAGCCCGUCUCUGGACCCGCAGAGAGCCGUGACUCGGGGGGGCUCCGAGGAGGGCGGGGCCAGCUGGAUCGGCGCCGCCUCCAACUUCCUGUCGCGCUCCUUCUACUGGUGA